ACUCCCCAAAAUUGUCUUCAAUGCUGAAAUCAGCUCCAAGUCGAAAGUUAUUGCGGGGGACUCAAUGUCUGUUGCAGCAACUGCAGUAAGUGCCAAAAUCGUCUUGAAGUUACCCCUUGAUCUCCCCAACUCUCAGUACCAGCUAAAUGUAGAAGCCAGAAGUAAUGAUAAGACUACAGUUUUCAAGAACUCGACAGAUCUUAGCUAUAGCGAGAAGGGAAUGUCCAUAUUUAUACAAACGGAUAAGGCUAUUUAUAAACCUGGACAAAAAGUUCAAUUUCGCACAUUUGGAGCAAAUCCAGAUCUUUCUUUGGUGUACAAAAAGAUCGACGUCUCAAUUUUUGAUCCCAAUAAUAACAAGAUAAAUCAAUGGUUGACAGUUGAUGACCCUAGUGGUGUAUUUCAAGGUGAACUUCAGUUGUCUGACCAACCACCGCUUGGUGAUUGGAAAAUAGAAGUUAUACAAGGUGGUACGUCGAGCACGAAGACGUUUACAGUAGAACAGUAUGUAUUACCCAAGUUUGAAGUCAAAGUUAUGGUCCCUAGUUUUGGCAUAACAUCAGACAAGGCUUUGUCCGGUAAAGUGGAAGCAAAGUAUACAUUUGGCAAAGGCGUAGAGGGUAAUGGGACUCUGACUAUCAAGCGUAAAUAUAGGUCAGGAGAAAUAAAACAUUACUUUAAGAUAAAUGGCAUUCAAAGUUUUUCUAUUGAUAUGAAAUCACUUGUUGACAAAUUUGGAAAUCUGAACUUUGCAACACUUGAGUUAGUGGCUGAUGUAGAAGAAGGUCUUACUGGCAAUAUUAGAAGCGGGUCUACCGAAAUAAAGUACUAUGAAAGAGAAGAAAAACUGGUAUUUAUGGACGGAGCCAAUAACUUCAAACCCGGAUUAAAAUAUACGUGUUAUCUGUUUCUGUCUGACCAAGAUGAUAAACCUCUGGGAGCCACAGACUCGCAAGUAAAUGUAACAGUGACCAUGCGCUUCGGAACAAAGACCCCCGAGCCAAUCCCACUUCCGGAACCUAUACCAGUACCGAUGCCGCUUAAUGAUGCACCAAUGGCGAAAAUGAUCGCACCACCUUUCCCACCACCGACUGACUAUCCUGAUCAAACAAUUGUGCUUGGACCCAAAACACUGAACGUUCCAAAAAAUGGAAUACUCCCAUUUACAUUUUCCGUACCUAUAUUCAUUACUAAAAUAAACAUCGAGGCAAAGUUUAAAAACCUGAAGCAGUUAAAAUAUCUUGAAAAGUUCAAUUCACCCAGUCACUCAUACAUUCAAAUUGCACUGAAAACAAGAAAUCCACAGACCGGUAAAAAAUGCAAAUUUAGUGUGCAGUCAACAGUUCGCAAAAUCAAGGUCAACUACAUGAUUAUUUCUAAAGGAUUGAUUGUCAAAGGAGGUGUAUUCAAAAUGAAGAAAACAUCGAAGAAUUUUAAAGUAAUGAUUACCGCUGAUAUGGCACCAUCUGCAAGAUGCGUAGUCUACUGGACUAAACAGGAUGGUGAAGUUAUUGCAGAUUCCGUCCAAUUUGAUGUAACUGGUAUAUUCAAAAACAAGGUUGAUAUAGAUUAUAUAAAAUCGAAUGGUAAGAAGACAGCACGUGAACAACCAGGAAAUGACGUUUCUAUACGAGUGACAGCGGACGCAGGGUCUCAGUGUAACGUUCUUACAGUUGAUAAAAGCGUUCUUUUGUUGAAGUCUGGAAACGAUAUAACGCCUUCUAUGGUAGAAGAAGAACUAAACUCAUAUGACAGUCAAGCUCCCCCAUCAUGUAGAGGUUUUUUCCCCUGUUGGAGAUCGUAUUAUCCCCUGCCAGUUAGCGGUGUCGAUGUUACUAGUAUAUUCGAGAACUCUGGACUGAAGGUACUGACAGAUGCUUACCUGUACCAAAAGCCUUACCAUUUUCGAGGAAUAAUGUUUGCUGAAGCUAUGAUGGAUGGUCCCCCAAUGAUGGCGAUGGCUAAAAGUAGUAGUAUUGGUGGUAAUGAGGGACAGGGGCCAAGAGUGAGAACUCUGUUUCCAGAAACAUGGGUGUACGAAUCUGCUAAAGCUGAUUCAAAGGGUAAUGCAAUCAUUAAAAAACAACAGUUCCCGACACCAAAAAACAUCAAAGGGUUUUCAAAUGGUUUUUCUGUUCAUCCGAAGAGUGGAAAUUGGCGUUGGCUUGAAGUAUUUCUGCAGUUUUUCAUCCGUCUAGAACUACCGUACUCUGUGAUUCGUGGGGAACAGAUUAUACUACAAGCAAACAUCUUUAAUUUCUUUACAAAGACACUUACGGUUGAUGUCGUAUUGAAGAAAUCAUCGUCUUUCAAAAACAUCAUAGUUAAAAAGUCUUCAGGCUCAUCGACCCUGGUGUUCAAACAAGUAGAGGUUAAACGAAGAAUUCAGGUAGCUCCCGGCGGAGGGACAACUUUAAACUUUCCAAUAAUGGCCGUUGAAGUUGGAAACAUAGACAUUGAAGUGGGUGCCGUUUCAAAGGUCGCAGGUGAUGCUGUUAGGAAACAAUUGCUCGUGGAGCCUGAAGGUAUACCUGAAAGUUAUAACAUACCAGUUCUGAUUGACUUACAAAAUGCCAAAUCAUUCAACAAAAGAAUACUGAUUACAUUACCAGAUGACGUCGUUGAUGAUUCCGUACAUAUCAGAGCUUCUGCAAUCGGUGAUCUGAUGGGACCGUCUAUAUCUGGAAUUUCUAAUUUGUUGAGGAUGCCGUACGGGUGCGGAGAACAGAAUAUGAUCAAUUUUGUUCCAAACAUAUUUGUUAUAAAAUACCUGACUGCAACAAAUAAUCUGAAGCCAGAAGACGAAAGUAAAGCCAAAUCAUUUAUGCUAGUUGGAUACCAAAAGGAAUUGUCGUAUCAACAUUAUGAUGGGUCCUUCAGUGCUUUUGGCAACAGUGAUCCAUCGGGGAGUACUUGGCUUACAGCUUUUGUGAUUAAAUCUUUUUCACAAGCAAAAUCGUACAUUUUCAUUGAUGGUAAUACUGUCAAAAGAGCAAUCGAUUGGAUACUGGCUCAAUAUAAAUCUUCAACGGGAACAUUCAACGAACCUGGAAAAGUCAUACACACUGAAAUGCAGGGUGGAUCAGCAAAAGGAGAUCUUAACCUAGCAAUAUAUACACUAAUAGCUUUGUUAGAGGCACAAGAAGCAAAGUUUUCUAGUAGUGUUCCGGCCAAAUUGUCAUCCACUAUUACUGGUGUAAAAAAUGCAUUAGAGGAUAAAGUACCAGGCAUGGAUGAUGUAUAUGAGCUAGCCAUUGCUAGCUACGCUUUAGCUUUGAUCAAAAGUUCCAAACUUAAUGCUGUCCUUGCCAAGCUUGAUUCCAAGGCAACGAUAUCAGGUGGCAUGAAGUACUGGAAGGUAGAGGAGGAGCCUGACACCAGUAAUUUAAGAUGGAUACCACCACAUUCUCAGGCCAGGUCUCGUAAUAUAGAAACGACAGCUUACGUUUUGUUGUCAUACGCUACUACCGCGAAAGUAACUGAAGGUAUUCCAGUAAUAAAAUGGUUGGUAAACCAACGUAAUCCAACUGGUGGAUUCGGAUCGACACAGGAUACGGUGAUUGCUCUACAAGCUCUGUCAGAAUUUGCAGCUCUAAUAUAUUCCAAAAAAUUCAAUGUCAACAUCAAGAUAGAAGGAACACCGACAAACUUUGGUCAUUUUUUUGAAAUCAAGUCACAAAAUGCUCUUCUACUUCAGUCAGUUGAUGUUCCACCUCCAACAAAAAUAGUUGACAUACGAGCCGAUGGUAAUGGAAUGGCUCUUGUAGAGAUAGCUGUAAACUAUAAUGUAAUGGCAGAUGUCGUGAAACCGUUAUUCUCACUUUUACUAUCCACCACUGACGAAACAAUGUCAGGCUUUACACUACAGGCCUGUUUCAGUAAUGAAAAUGAACAAGAGUGUGGCAGCAUGGCAGUUUUAAAGGAGUUCGACAUCAGGAAACGAUAA